AAAUUAAAACAGAAACUGUCCGAAACAUUAGUAAAAACGGUAAAUAUGGCUCGUUCUUAUUCAAUUUUGAUUCCAAUCGGAAUCCUGGUUCUUGCUUGGUCGACUUCCUCCACACCUACUGCCCCCAGUUUGGAGGAUCAACUUCAACAGCUACGAAAAGAUUUUGUUCAAUUUAAGGAAGUGACGAAUGAAAAAGAAGCAACAUUCGAGGCGGAGUUAAUUGAACUCAAAGCCAAGGACCAACAGAAUAGUAAAAUCAUCGAAUCGUUAGCAAAUGAAAUUAACGAACUGAAAGAAAAAGUUUCAGGCCUGGAAGCCCAACUUCAUCAACAGAAUCCACACAACCGUGUAGCAACCAGCUCCUUCGACAGCAGUCCCACUGGCUUCGAUGAAUCCAAACACCAACCGCGAUCCAUUAACGGGAUGCCAUCAUCGUGUGGAGAUCUACAGAUGAUAGGCCACAGUUGGAACGGGUUGUAUUCAAUUAUGGGACUCCGCGCAGUCGAAACUGUCUACUGUGACUUCAACAAGCCACUAGAUGAUCCAGGUUUCCAGACGAGGAUUGGCUAUCAAGAUAUAAAGACAAAACCUAUUUACUUUUACGUACAGAAAACCAGAAGUUUUGCGACAGAGAAUAUCCCAAUGCCAUUUGAGCUUGCAAUGCUUAACAGUGGAGAAGCCAUGAAUUUAGAAACUGGGAUAUUCACAGCACCCGUUACGGGAACUUACUUCUUUUCGUUUACAGCACUCGCGCAAUUUUCUGUCUCGAACGAACCUCUCAGGACGGUUAACGUGAUGCUUUAUCGAAACGGUCAACCAGUUGCACGUAGUCAGUUGAACGAAGUUAACGGCAUUGCAAACUCAGAAUACUUAAGCCCAUUAGUUCUUCAAACGGCUCUAGCGUUGCAAGUCGGAGACGAAGUCUGGGUGCAGAGUGACCUAAUCGACGGAGGGUUUCUAUACGACAACAACGACGUCGGAUACGCCCGUUGCACGCAUUUCAACGGCUGGCUUCUAGAAGAAGAAAUCGCCCCUUCCUUGUAGAUUGGCGUGAUUUCAUAUGUAAAACUUGAGCGUUUACAUUCUAGAAAGAAAACCCGACUGUAGAUUCAUGUUCAAUACAACUUUGACAAACCUUA